CCACGGGCACUCUGGGUCCAGUCUGAGAGCCCCCAGGGGAUGAAUCAGCAGAAAGUAACCACAGGAACAAAAGAACUGAAGGUUGUGGAUUCUUUCGGAUUCUAAAGCGGAAACAAAGCAUUGGUUUCCAUAUUUGAGCUGAGGAUGUCUCUACACUCUCUGAUGGUGGCUCUAGCCAUGGCCCUGAUCUUCUUGGACCCAUGCCCUGGCAAUGCAGCCCCUCCACGUGAACCAGAUGAUGAGGGUUUUGACAUGGAGAACUAUGAUCUGAACAGUGAGACAGACUGGGAGAACCUGGACAUCAACAUUUAUGGAGACAGUUAUGAUUAUGAAGAAUUGGACCAAGAGAUUGAAGUGGGUACGGUAGCUCCAGACACUCCUGCACCAGCCAACCAACACACAGCUGAACACCAUGAGGAGGAGGUGAUCCUGGCCACCCUGCCUCCAUCUCCUGUCACCCUGGACUUCAAGGGACCAGGUCUCUUUGGUCCUGAAACUGGACUGGGAAUGCCUACCUGCCUGUUGUGUGUAUGUAUUGGAGGGAGUGUGUAUUGUGACGACACCGGACUGGAACAGAUCCCACCACUGCCGAAAGACACCACCCAUUUUUAUGGACGCUUCAACAAGAUUCGACAUGUCAAGAACACAGACUUCAUCAACCUCAAUAAGCUCCAGUCUAUUGAUCUAACUGGGAACCAGAUCUCAGAGAUGGAUGAGGAUGCGUUUCGCUCUCUGCUGCAGCUCCAUCAGUUAUUGUUGGCUGAUAACAAUCUGCAGGUCAUGCCUGAGCUGCCAGUCACCAUGAGGCACAUUGAUCUACGCAACAACAGGCUGAUCAGCCGGGGACUGCACACAGAAGUGUUCAAGGAUAUGAGCCAGUUAGAAUUCCUCUAUCUGUCCAAUAAUAACCUGGAUUACAUUCCUACACCAUUGCCACUGAGCCUGAGACUGUUACAUCUGCAGAACAACAGCAUUCAGUCUUUGCAUGAGGACACCUUCUGCAACCUCCAUGAUCGCAACUUCAUUCGACGCAACUUGGAAGACAUUCGUCUGGAUGGCAACCCCCUGAACAUUAACCUGUUUGCUCAGGCCUACAUCUGCCUGCCACGCCUGCCUGUAGGGAGUCACUGA